GACAACAGAAUUAUUACUUUUCAUAACAUAUCGUUUCUGAUCACCUAAUUUUCAGUUGGUUUCUAUUUGGUUUCUAUUUUCUAUUUGGUUGCACCAAUUGAAAUUUUUUUUGCGUGUACUCCCGCGUUAUUUGAAGUAUAAAAUCUAAUUAUCCGUUAUCGACUGAACGUGACGCGCGCGCCUGUCACGUCUGUCGCGUGCUUCAGCGAGAAACGUCGAAGCAACGAAACGCGGUCCGCGCGGACGGCGAUUUUACCUCGCGCGAGGUGACAUAAUUAAUAAAUGCAUAAGUAAGUCGUGAUUAAGGAGAGCACGCUCGUGUCGCUUGGAGUCGUUCCGAGCGGCACUGACGUCAUUAUCGGGGCCGAGGCGGUAUUUUGAUUUCCCAUUGUGUCAUACACGUAGAGAGCGCCGAGUUAUAACAAACGCGUGAAUGUACGCCGCGGUGUUGAGCGAUUGCGCGAGAAGAAUCAGGCGGCUAUUGGGUAAAUAUCGUGGGCGAUUUAUACGUGGGUCGAGAUCUCUCGAUCCGAAACGGCGCGCCGUCUCCGUCUCCUGGUACGAGCCUCUCGACCGUUGAAGAGUGAAGUAUCGAAAUUCGAGUUUCCCUCGGCUUGAGAAAGCCCAAUGAGAAAACGCAAAUUGCGCGUCGUCGCUCGCUUUCUCGUUCCAAAAUCUUAGAUCGUAGUGCAGCUCUUUUUAACACUUCGGCGCCGAGCGAGUCGUACUUUCACGGCGGCUCAUUUAGUCGAGGUAUUUAUAUUAAAAAAAAAUAAUUUAGAGAGAGAGAGAGAGAGAGAAGAAGCUAUUUUAAGCGAACCGCGCGUCGUCACGCGGAUUAAUUCUUUAAUCGAUUGUACGAAUUGGAAAGUGCGGUUUUUGAAGUUAAUUAGCGGUACCUUAUAUCUCACGAAGUCGACAGUUAUACGGAGGAGGAUUAAAGGAAGUUGAAGGAGGAGGAAGAGAGAGAAGAAGAAGGAGAAGAAGGAGAAGGAGGAAGAGGCAGUUAUAUAUAGAAUUUUCGAGGUCAGCGUGCAAAGUGCGCGAUCACCGAAAUCGACGUACAAUUUGGUUUAUGAUCGCCAACACGGCGCGAGAGAUGAUUGCGUGGGAAGCGAUCGGGAUCGCGUGGAUCCUUAUAGGUCGAGGAAACGAGGACGAGGUGCUGCCUGCUGGCUGACUGGCUGGUUGACUGGUUAGCUGGCUGGUUGGUUUGGUCCGUGUGAAGUUCUGUGAAAGGGUGCGCGCUAAUUGCGAAAACCAGGUAGCCCGGCACGAUAUUCGUUAACACGCUUAGAUGACGCGACGGCCUCGAUUGUUCUACUGUCGAAUCGUGUUCCGUGCAACGUCUCAUAGCGCUCAAUAGAAAAUCCCGCCGUCGACGCGCCUCAACGGAAAAAUUGAUAAUCGAGACGCGCGGAAUGAAUAAAAUUGGCGGUGUCGAUGCCCCAACGGUAAUUGUGGUAGCGGCGUGAACUUGGCGCAUUCCUGCGAGAACACGCGUGGAGAAUUGAAUCGACGCCCGAGCGGAAAAUUAGUCGGCAUGAUGAAUGACGGAGGCCGUGAGCGGCUCGCGAAUUCGGCGCGAAUCUACGAUAAUCGAGAAACUGCGCGUGUGACGUCAGAAUUUCACGGAGGUGCAGGAGCGAGUGUGCGAGGGAUUCGAUAGAGACGCCCUGGUGUUAAAAUCAAUCGAGUUAAACGCGCGAAUUAAUCGCGCAGAAAAUCCCAUCGCCGCUCGUGCGCGCGAACGGUACGUUGAUUAUAAAUUUAAAUUCGCAGUGAGAUCAGAGAACUAACGUCCGACGUCAUCCUCUUUGGACACACACACGUGGGAAAUUUAGCCGCUUGAUUGGAAAACUAAUCGCAGUUCAUUAUACGCCAAGGGACUGUCGUGGUGUGUCGUAUUCCCUUGACGUCACGCGUAGAAGGUGUAAUUUUCGCUCGGAUGCGAGGCAAAUCGAGGUGAUCGAACGUAACGCGGCUCGAUCGCGUAGGAAAUUCACGUAACGCCGGGUCGGAAAAAUUACAGCGUAUCCAAGAGAAUAUAUCUAAAAAAUAUAAUCUUAUCCUUACAAGCGUAGGGUGCAAGACUGGCGAGUGAGAAAAAAGAAGUCGGGAUUAUAAGUGAAGGAUUAGGAGUCGCGUUCGCGGAAAAUUGAAGAACCAUCUCGUGUCGCCGCUCCGUUUUUCACGACAGUCGCGUGUUUCCAGUCGCGGGAACCUCGACUGUGAGCCGACAGUGUGCGGUUACUGCGUGCACGUGCGUGAGAGGAGAGAAAUAAAUCGCGAUCGAGUUACGCGCGCAUCCUCGUCACCAUCAUGGUGGUGUCGCAUCGCGAGCCCAGCAUAUCGUCCAACAUACGGGCGAUCAUCGAGCAGUUGAACCUGAACCCGGUGGAGAGGAGGCGGCUGAUCGACAAGACCAGGCAAGAGACCACGCGAUGCAGGAGCUACCCGGACGGAAUCGUGGUGGCGGAAUCGCCGCCGAAGAUCACCAUCGGCGUUUAUGGCUGCAAGGAUCGGAACGAGUUCGCGCUACCCGGCCCGAUCAAGCCCGCUCGCAAGAUCGACGAGCGAUCCAGAUCGAAGGCGGAAACGCGACAGCGAUUUCCCGCACAGCUGAAGAAGGAAACGCGCGCGGAACGCGCGAACGAGGACAAGGUUGAGCGCCAGCCGUUGGUGUCGAUUGGAUCCCUUAAGGACGAGAGUCGCGCGAGAUCGGCGACGCCAGCGACGAUGACGAUGACGACGACGACGAACCCGGCUCCGAAAGGUCAACGGAUGAUUAAGAGGGAGCGAGUCGACUCGACGAUCGAGGACAAGGUCGCGGACGCAUCGGCGGUGUCGAUCAGGCCAUUGUACAAGAUCGAAGAUCGCCCGAGAUCGAAGCAGCCAGAUACGGCGAACAGGAUCCCCCGAGCUACGAAGGAACGGACUCGCGCCGAGGACACGGUCGAGAUUACUACGAGAACUCCGAAGGACGCGGUCGAUCGAACCGUUCCGGUGGCCAAGGAGGAUUUACCACAACUAGAAAGCGCAAGUUUGAACCACACCGCGGCGCAUCAUCGGAUCUCGGUGCGUCCGAAGAACCGACGACCGCCACGACGUACCACACCGACGCCGACGACUGCGGCUAACGUCGUCCUCUCCAGCUCCCCGUCGAUACCGCCGACCAUUGCCGAGGACACCCUAGACAGCUUGGAGCAGCAGCAGCAGCAGCAACAGCAACAGCAGCAGCAACAGCAGCAGCAGCAAUCGACCAGCAACACGUCGACGCCGACGGAACCCAAGACCAUCGGCGUGACCAGGAAAUCGUCCAGUCGAUUGUCACGCAACUCCGACAUCUUCGAGGAGCUGGAGUCCAGACUGCCCAGGAAGCCGAGCGCGACCUCCUUGUCGCCAGACAGUCUGGACGCCACGACGGUGUCAAGGAGCAGCGUAGAAGCGGCCGAGGAGCAAACGACGUCGCCAACGACGACGACGACAGAGGUGGUCGUCAGGUCGGUCGUCAGGAGACCGUCCAAUCGGAUAUCCAAAGGCUCUUCGGACGUGUUCGAAGAACUGGAAGCAAAACUGCCACGUAGCCGACGGUCGUCAUCGAAUCGUCUGUCCAAGUCACCGGACAGUCUGGAUUCGGCGCCAUGGUUCUCCAAGUCUACCGAGGGCUUCGACAAGUACGAGGAGGUAGAGUGUGAGGAAUCAUCGUCGAGACCGGUAGCGGCGGUCAGGAGGCUGCUGCUGCUGAACCCGAUCUCCAAGUCCACCGAUCGUGUCUCGAAGUCAUCGGACAGCUUGGAGGCGAUCGAACCUCUGGUCAGCGACGACUCGAUCGAGCGCAGACGUAGCAGUUUCGAGUUUCGAGCGCGCAGGACCUCGAAGGCGAUGUCCAAGUCGUCGGAGAACUUUGAGGUGCUCGAGCUGCGGGAGCAGAGCGGCUGUGCGAGCGAAGAGGUGGUGGUGAUCGGUCAGGAGCUGCAGAAGCGCAGCAGCGUUUCUGACAUCAAUCUAUCGCGAGGUAGGAGACUUUCCAAAAGCAUCUCUAAGUCGUCCGAGAGCUUCGAGCGGAUCGACAUGAGCGAGACGAAGAAUGUCGAGACGGAGGUGACGUUGGACGACGUCUCGAAGGGGUGUUGCCGACGAUCUAGCAAGAGAAUGUCCUCCGAGAGUUCGGACAAUCUAGACGUGGAGGACAGGCUAGAGAACAGGAGGGUGCGAAGAACCAGGGUACCAAGCAGCGGUAUAGUGGACGUAGUGGUAACCGGGGACGAUCGUGACGGAGAGAGGCGGCCAACUCCUACCAGGAAGCCGCCGAGGCUUCAGAAAUCCUCCGAGAGCUCGGAGCUUGGUAGCACGGACACCUUAGAUUCGGAAAGGAGGAACAAGUCCUCGGAGAGCACUGAGACAUUGGACAGUCUAGAGAAGGAUUUGGAGCAGGACAGGAAGGACGAGGAGAUCACGGACAGCGUGGUGGAGAGACGCGAGAAAAAUGACUCUUGGUCCAGCAGGAAUGUAGCCACGACCGACUCUGAUCAGACAUCGAUGGCAGACGACACAGAAGACUCCAAGUCGCUCAUCACAGCUGAUAAGUAUUACUGGCGUCAGUCCUCUGAACCUAAGGAGAACCUGGGUAUACAUCAGUUGCUGGCCAUCACGAUAGUCACCAGGAUGGCUGACAACGGUAAUAAUCAGCGCAGUUCCGUGAUUUACCCGAAGAAGAAGCAGCAGAUGAGCACGUCGCAGCCGACCUCGCCGGUUGCCAAGCAAGAGGACACGAAGAUGCUGUUCGACAAUCUCCUGGUCGGCAAGAACGACGAGGAUCUGCAGAACAUGCUCAACGGAAACAUAUCAGAGGUGUCCACCGAUACCAAGAGCUUUAAAGAGAAGCUGAUUAUGUUUGAGAAGCUCGGAAAAUGAGCGCGGAACAAUAAAACGACGAUAUAGGAGUCGUCCUUGAUGAAAUCUUCCCUUUUCAGUUCGUGGGCACGUUCCGAUAACAAAACUUAAGGCAGAAAAGGCGUCGUCGGAAACGUAAAGAGAUAAACGAUCUCGUUUAGCGAUUGAUAAUAUACAUAUUGUAGAAUAUACACGAUCAGGGUGUUCUCGCAUGUUGAAGCACUCGAUCGUGCAAGAGACGAACAAAGUAAAGAGGAAUUAAAGAAUAAUUCGCGGAUAACCGUUCCACGUGAAGGGCCGAGCCGGUUCGAUCGUUCAUCCGCGGAGCUGAAGAUUCAAGACAGGAAGCGAUAAGCGAGUUUAAGGAGUAGUAGUACGGAUAAAAGUAGAAAAUGAGGUGUGACCUCAUAUAGAUAUCGGUCUACAGACGGCUAUAAUUCGGAAAUACCAAAUGAGAGUUUGGUAUUUAGAUCAUUUGAUAAAAUUAUUCGCUCGCGUGUGUUAGUCGAUGUAACGUCGCGUAAGUAAGUGAAUAAAUAAGUAGUAAGAAGGACAGAGACGCUAGUAAGAGCCGUCGCUAAAUGUAGGACGCGAUAUAUAUUGGGGAAUAUUCAAUACUAAAUAUAUCAUGGAAGGGUCGGCUCUCUCAUUGGGUUCGAUGAUUACCACACAAUAUCCCACGCGUAUGUCGAAAAUCUAGAAAUAAAGUACCGGUGAAUGUAUGUUACAUUGUUGAACAAUUUAAUCCUCCCGUUAUUAGAUUUCAGUUAUCGCACUCCAUAUCUGGCGACGAAUCUUUUACUAGUUAUCGUGUCUUCCUUACUAAUUAUUUAUCUUUAGAGUCUUUACAAAAUCUUUGAAUAAAUAAGUAAAUGUCGUAACGCCGCGAUGUACCUAUACGGUUUGAUUCGAGGAGAGAUCGAAAUAACAAUUUCGAGACGUGAUGAUUCACGUCGAUGAUGAUAUCCGACUACGUUUCGUUGCGCAUUGAUUGAAAAGUGAAAUAUCGUUCGGGCGCCGAAUUUCAGAAGAGAGAAAAAGAGAGAAAAGAUCAUCAUUCCUGCUCAUGCGGCGAUAUUUUGUUUUUUUCUUCCAAUUCUCGUGUUUUUCCCUACACAUGAAAAAUUUACGCUCCGUUGUUGAGAUUAUGUACACGAUCGCGUACGAUGCGAUUGUCACGGACGACGCGCGUAUAUAUGUAUAUCCUCGUAGGAUCUUUAUCGUUACUCGAAGAUAGCUGUACAGUAGUUUAGCGGACGUGUGAUCCUUGCCCGUGGCACAUUUACAAAUACCGUGUAUUAUCUCAUCGUGUAAAUACGAAGAAGGAUAUGAGUGCGGAAUCUUACUAUGAUGCAGAGAAAAAAAAAUAUAUAUAUACAUAUAUACACACAUAUAUCACUAGUAGUAAUUUGGUAAGUAUAGAAGAGACACGAGAGACAUAGAACUGUGUAGUUGGUUGCACGACGUUUCAUACACAUUUUUUCUAACGAUGUCAGAAAAAGCGCUUCAAAUUGUCACGGUUGCGAAUCACUGCCCACGUAGUACGUUGCUUACGUAACAAUCAGGCAAGAGCUGAAGUGACGACACACACAAUGUAAAUAUUGAUCCUUGUUAUAUUCUUAUCUAAUAGAUAAAGUGAUAAUAAAUAUACUUGAGUUUUUCCUGAAGUUUUCCGUUGUAACUGAAAUAUUGAAUAUCUCGUUAUAUUGUCACCUCAACUUCCGUCAUAACUGACUGCCGUGGAAGCCCGUCGGUAGUGGUAUAUAAUGACUGCUCGGAGCGCUCCUAACUUUCUUAGAAGAGAUGUAUCCGAACUGUUCUGCAGCCGACUACACAACGAUCGGUCUUAAUGUAUCAGCAAGAGAUGUUAACGUUAUGUUGUUUCCAAGAAACGUGCAGAUGUAUUUUCGAUGCUCACGAGGAUCCCAUUUAUUGUACUAGAAAGUGUAUUACCAAUUCGCCACCUAAAAAGUGUAUUUCCAAUUCGCCACCUAGUUCUAUCGUCUAUUCACGAAACGCGUAAUGUGUAAUGCAAAUUACCGUACCAUAAUAACAAAACGGACCUAUGAUUCUCCGUUUGAUGACGUAUCAUACGGGUGAUAUGAGCACCUGGCCUCAGCGUGUAAUCGAAUGCCUGCGAGAGAUCGUGAUCGGGAGAACGAUUUAUAAAAGAGAAAAUGAUGAAACUGUCGACGGUGUGAAACGCUAAUGAUUCUACCCCAAACUAUUCGCCGUCUUUCUCGAUUCUCCGAGACGUGAACCGCGCUACCACUACCAUAGCAUAUCGUCUUGUAACUCGUCGAAUUUCGCGGGGGGGAAGAGAGAUUUUUGUAGCCUUUCAAGUGCCUUACCGAAAUCAAUUGAGUAGACCGAAUGGAAGCACGUCGGCUGUAGGUAGGACACAGGCGGGAAUGUUAUCACCUUCAAUCUUCUCCCUUUUAGUUGUCUAGAUAAUAAAUGUAUCGUUUCGGAUUCCGAAAACGUCGCAGAGAGAUCGUUUCUUAGAGAGUAAAUAGAAAAAAAAACUGAAUUUAAUCACGUCACUGUAAUAUGUAAUGUUAUACAUAAUUAACAGGAAAAUUCUACAUACAAUCACCCACCUACCCACCCACUUACACAGACAAACAGCAGACAGGCAUACAUGUACACACAGGAUUACAGAUACAUACAUAUUUACACGCAGAACAGAUUUCUCUUCCGUUGAUGUAAAUAAAGCUGCCAUCGCAAUUACGAUUCGA